AUGGAGGACUCGUCUCUGCGACGUCUGCUCUGGCUGAUCCUGUCGCUGUGCUGCGUGUCCGCCAAAGCUGGUCUGACGGUGAGUCCCAGCAGCUCUCAGCUGUUUAAAGGAGCCUCUGUCUCUCUGAGCUGUGAGGAGGACGACAGCUCUGCUGGAUGGAGGCUGAGGAGGAACACCACCAGAGAAACCAGGACUCAGUGUGGAGCUGACUGGGGAAGAUCAGCUGGUUCUUCCUGUAACAUCAGCUACAUCCUCCCAGGCGACAGUGGAGUUUACUGGUGUGAGUCCAGAGAGGGAGCAACCAGUAACAGCAUCAGCAUCACUGUCACUGGUGGAGCAGUGAUCCUGCAGAGUCCUGUCCUCCCUGUGAUGGAGGGACAUGAUGUCACUCUGCACUGUAAAACAAAGACCCCUCCCUCCAACCUCCCAGCUGCUUUCUAUAAAGAUGGCUCCCUCAUCAAAGAGACUACAGGUCACAUGACCAUCCACCAUGUUGACAAGUCUGAUGAAGGCCUCUACAGCUGUGACAUCAGAGGUCAUGGAGAGUCUCCGCCCAGCUGGAUCACUGUCACAGGAAACCCCCCCACUCCUCCUGCAACUCUCUGUGGUUCUGGUUGCUCCUCCCCCUCCGGUGAAUCUCCUCCACUCACAGUGUUGUGGUCCGUCUGUGGUCUGAUUGUUCUGGUUGUUCUGGUUCUGCUGGUGAGACGACGCUUCCUGAGGAAACCUACAGGUCCAGAGGAAGAGGCAGGACUUGAUGACAUCACAGAUGACAUCACAUCAUCACAUCACCUACAAAACCCGAGCAGACAAAGCGGAGAGACUGAUGCAGCUGCAGUUUACGCAGCAGUGAGAAGAACAGCAGACGUCAGAGGUACAACAGGCUCCGCCCACAGAGGUCACGAGUGUUUAUCACAUGAUCCAUGUGUGUGUCCACCUGACCCAGGGAUCGUCUACUCUUCACUCAGGUUCUCACCAGGUUCUCACCAGUCUGACCACUGA